UCCGUUCUUGGCUGACGGCGCAAGAAUGUCUCAGGACGACGAGGCGGAGGCGAACCGGGCCCUGCUGGAUAAUCUCAACAGUUGGUCGCGGGAGGUGUGCCGCCGGGAGCUGCCUUCGGUGCUACCCCGGCUCGUCUUUAUGUAUCAGCAUUCUGAGAGAUGGAUUGAACAUAUACGAAUUUUGAAAAUCAUUACUGAUAAUUUUUUGCCCCAUAUGAAUCACCUGACACUGGAACAGACUUUCUUUUCCCAAAUUUUACCAAAGACUAUGAAAUUAUUUGAUAGAAUGAUACGUGAAUUAACCACUAAAGCCAGAGAACUCUCAAGCCAAAAUUUAGAAAUCCAGGUCACUCUAAGGAAUAUUUUACAAACAAUGGUGCAGAUCUUAGAAGGCCUUACAGGAUGUGUUCAUCAUAUUUGUACCACACAGCAAUCCAUCAUUCUAGAAAAUAUUCAUAGUCUUCCCUCAUCCAUCCUGUAUAUAAUUAAAAAGACAUUUGUACAUUGUAAGAAUAGCGAAUCUUUGUAUUCUGGACGCUUACACCUACUGUCAGACCUCCUCCAGUCUGUUUUCAGGGAGGCCUAUUCUCUCCAGAAGCGGCUGAUGGAACUGUUGGACAAGGUUUGCAUGGGCCCUUCAGUAGAUGAAAAUAACACUUUGUUGAUGGUAGAAGUUAUUCAUUUGCUAUUGGAUAUCUGCUCUGUGAUCUCGGGUAUGGACCAAGCAUUUCAUGCCAAUACUUGGAAAUUUAUAAUUAAGCAGAGCCUUAAACACCAGUCUGUUAUAAAGAGCCAAUUGAAACACAAAGAGAUAAUUUCUAACUUGUGUGAAGACAUUGUUUUCUCCUUCCAUUCUUGUUUGCAGUUAGUUGAACAGAUGGCACAGCCAGCUGCACAGGAUAAUGCUGACCACAGAAUAUUUCAGAAAACACUCAAAUUGUGUCGUUUCUUGUCUAACUCCCUUUUGCACUACAUUAAGGAAUUUCUUCCUUUCCUGUCUGAUUCUUGCUGUACUUUACACCAGCUUUAUCUUCAGAUAUACAGCAAGUUUCCUCCAAACCUGCAUGCUGCUAGGAUGUCCAAAGCACUGCAGGAGGAAAUAGCAGGCACUUUUCUUGUGUUACUGGACCUACUCAUCAGACAGCUGCUCACAUGCCAGCCUUUUGUACAGGCAGUUUUGGAUAGUAAACUAGACCUGCCCUGUGAACUGCAGCUCCCACAAGUCCUGCUCCUGGUUGUUGUCAUGGAUAAGUUGUGCUCUCAGCCUAAAGAUGUACAGACCCUGUGGUGCACAGAAGCUAUGACUAGAAUGUCCCUGUUCAAAGCCAUUUUCUACAAUUUUGAGAGGUGUUCUGGUGAACUGUCUCUGACUGCUUGUUUACAGGGAGUAGAGGAUAAAGGGCAAGCCGAGGCAUCUGUUACUUUAUAUCAGCACGUCUGUGUUCAUCUGUGUGCAUUUGUUGCUUCUUUUCAUCCCUCACUGUUCCCUGAGCUGGAUGCCUCUCUACUGAAUGCGGUGCUUAGUACUAACAUGACUACCUCGCUGCUAGCGAUGGACGUGUGGUGUUUCCUUGCUCGAUAUGGAACUGCUGAACUCGGUGUGCACCAUGUCACCUUAGUGGCUCAUCUGAUAAAAUCCUGCCCUGGAGAGUGUAUCCAGCUCACCAACCUGUCAGUCCUGUUGAAGCGUCUCUUUUUCUUCAUGGCUCCACCCCAACAGGUGGAAUUUAUCCAGAGAUUUUCUCCAGAAGAAGUAGACAACUUGCCUCUGUGGCAGUGUAUUUCCUUCCAGGCAUUAUCUGCUGAUCUUAGGAAACAAGCUGCAUGCGACGUGAUCAGAGUAUGCAUAGUGCAGUGCAUGGACUGGUUGAGCAGCAGUCAUACUCUGGCAGAACUUGAUUCUCUGAACACAGCACUCUCUGCUUUGCUUACUGUAUGUAAUUCUGCUGGUGAUGCUUUGGAUAUUAGACAACAAACUACAGUUAUUGAAGUCGUGGGUCGGCUUUGGGCUUUUAUAAGCAUUCAACAAGUACUAAGUCAACCCUAUGUUCAACAAGCAUUCAGACUUUUACUUCAGCUACUGACAUUUUUCAUCCAAACUGUAGAUCCACAGCUGAUAAGUCAGGUAGUAACUUUACUGACCUCACUACUUAAAUUGGAGCCUCCCGACCAUGUCUGUCUGGCAGUGCUGGAUUUUUUAUCUUCUCUGAGCAGACUUUUUAUACCUUCGGCUAUCCAGGACAAGGUGCUGCCCAACCUGCCUUCUAUCUUUGCUUUACUGCUAGCCAACAAGAAUUGGCUGCUAGAGCAACAUACUUUGGAGGCAUUUACUCAGUUUGCUGAGGUAACAAAUCAUGAAGAGCUAGUUCCACAGUGUCUCAGUUCUGAAGAUAUCAAGAACAAAGUCGUAGCCUUUCUGGAGAAGACAGGAUUUGUAGAUGAAACUGAAGUUGCCAGAGUGGAUCAUGUGAAACAGAAAGUUGCUUUCUUAGAACCCACUAUAGAGGAAGCAGAUGGGUCAGCUUUACAGCCUUGUACAAAAAAAAGAGCCCGGCAUGAGUUCCCCUUUGAAGAAGAGUAUAGGUCAGCAUUUCAAGCAGCAAUAGGGGCUUUGGACACAACUGAGUGGUUACUCCAACAGGCCCCUGCUCCAACCUGGCUGCCAGUGGAACUGGAGGCACUAAAAGAAAAGAUUGAGAAGCUAAAAUGCUGUAUACCUCAGGGUAACAUAUGAAUGGACUCUGAUUGAUUCUUCGUCAACGCCUUGCCUAGAUGUAUUAUAAAUGAAAUUAUGAAUGUAAAUUAUGUUUGUACAUUUUCAUUGCACAUAUAAAAGCUUUUAUAAAUGUGAAAAUAG